AUGCAACAAACACAAAGUGCAACAACUGCUAUAUACACUCUUACUAUGGCAACAGCAUGGAAAAAAAUGAUUGAAAUCGAUGAUCAAAUUGCCCGUCCCCUUAACUUGGCCAAUUCGGCAGUUUUGCGUGCCGUCGAGGAGGAAGAACAAAUGAAGUGUGAAAUGUUUGAGCCAUCAUUAAAAACAGAAAGACAAAGUCGCUCUAGACAACGUUUUUAUUACCAGCGACCACAUACACCGGUGCAUCAACAUCAAUUGGAACAAAUCAAAACGCAAUACUUAAGCCAUCAGCACGAUAUAACAAUUGACCGUGAUACAGUUUUAAAGAUAAAUCGCCUGGCAACACGAAGAAAUUUACAUAAACGUGAACACAGCUGGCCACCGACAACAAUGACAGCAACUGGAUGUAUUGUCAACAACAAUGAACUACUAAAGAAUGUUGAUGAAAAGGGAAAAAUAUUAAGUCCACAGCAGCAGCAGCAUAUACGCAGUACUUCGCACGACAAUGCGUUACAAUUUGAUGAAACUGUUUGUAAACGUCAUGGCAUUGAUGUUAUACGGGAAAAAUUCAAUAGUCCCACUAGAAUAAUUGAACCCACUGCCCAAGAGGUUAGACAAAGAAGGCAGCAACAACGUAAGUUACAGCAACAAAAACAACAACACCAAAAGCAGCAGCCACAACAACAGCAACAAACUAGAAGUCGAAGUGAUGAUGCUGGAGGUGGAGUUGAUGGUCUUGGUGGGGAAGUUGCAAAGAAAAAACCUAAACAAAUGAUUAAUCUGUUGAAACAUGAAGAGCUAUUGAGAAAAAAUUCCCCCAAUAAAUCAGCCACUAUGACGGACACCAGAGCUAAUGCCCAAAGGACCACGAAUGAAAAUGAUGCAGUGGAAAAAAAUAAUGAAAACCUACCUGGACAGCAAACAACUAGUGACAAAUCAACUGAAAUGGAAUGUGACAAAAACAUAAAGGCCAAAGAUGAAGCCGAAGAUGAACUAUUUAAAACCACUACUUUGCCAGUGGCUAAAGGCUUUUCUCAUCCCGAAACUAAGGCAGCCGAUGAAGAUAUAGGUUUAGUGGAACCCAAAAGACAAUAUUAUGAACAAUUAUGUUCCAGCAAGAAAUGGCAUAGUUAUGAAAAUCUUUUGGCUGCAGCAAGUGGAAAGCCAGUCUUAAGCAAACCCUUAGCUCCGCAAAUGCACAGACGUCAAGCUUAUUCCCUAGAGAGAGGACGCGAAGCACGCCAACACAAACAAUUGCCACCACAAAAGCCCAGAAUUUCACCCAAACUACAAAGACGUUCUAUGAAACUAGCUACUGAGAUAAAGAUUUCAUAUGAUGCCGAUGCCCAGCAACAUAAUAUACAAGUUAAAUCCUUAAAUCAACCCAAAAAGCCGCAAACUGCAGCAACAGUCCCAACCACUACCCUUGAUGACUUAGAGCAUAUACCCUUACCGGCUACACCAGAUAAAUGCCGUACUGUACCAGUGACUGUAGAACAAAAUGGUGAACAACACAAAGAAUUUGAUGCAAAAACAAAGUCCUUAAAAGACCAACAAAUUUAUGACGAUUCAUGUAUAUAUUUAAGAUCCAUAGAUUUACAGGAUAAUACCAUAGCUUAUAUACCAGCUGCCAUAACAAUUGUGCCCUCACCAACGGAGGAAAUAAUGCAACAUUGGAUGGAAUCCAGUAACCUUAAGGCCAACAUUAAAGGGGUUAAUGAUAUUGAGACAGCAGACAGCAGCAAUACAACAAGCAAUGAUUUGCAGAAUGAAAAAAAUGAAAAUUUAAUAUCAAUGUUAAAACAGGAAUCUGUUAAAUCAGCAGUAAAGCCGGAGGGUAUUAAACAACAACAGAGGCACAAGCAACAACAAAAUGACAAACAUGAAGCUGGCGUUGAAACGAAAGCAGAGACAGACACGUAUGUGACACGCUUGCCAAGCACACCCAACGGCAUACAGCUAACACGUCAAACUAGUGUCAACACUAAACGUAGCAGCAACAACAACGAAGACAACAAAAUAUCCACUACCUCACCGAUGACAAUUGAAACAGCAAAAACACACGCAACUAUACAGCCAAAACAACAACAACAUGAAUCUCAAGCUCCAGGGGUUAAGCAUUCAAAUGCAACAGCAACAACAGAAUGUAAUAAAACUGCAAAAGAAGUUGACAAACCAGAGCAACAAGGUGUUUACUAUACAGAUGGUGAAUUUAUAUAUGGUCCCUAUGAUCCUUAUAAUGGAGCACCACUUGCCAAUGCCACGGUACGUUCCUUAGAAGCUGAACAGCAACAAAAACAACAACAGCAGCAGCAGUUAUAUCAAGAAUCGAACCAAAUUAAAAAAGAUAUUGAAGCGGAAACAAAAACUCAGCAUAAAAAUGAGAUUGCCAAUCUAACAGCAAAAUAUGAACAUAUACAGAAAUCCAUAAACGAACACCUAAGGCAAAUUGAUGCAUAUAUUGAAAAUGCUAAAGCGGCAUUAAAAUCCACCAUAGCAACUGGCAAUAAACCGGAGUCAUCUUCUCCCUCUUCGCCUCAUAUUUCUGAAAAGGACCGACAUUUAACUGCACAACCACAAUUACACUAUGAAAAUAACUUAAAGUCACCACCAAACGAAACCCCUUUAAAGGAAAUUUUAAGAAAAAUCACUAACAUCAUGCAGGAAGUGAAACCUUUACACCGGAACCAAAAAGCUAACAAACAGGAAAUAUACAUGCAUGAACCUACAACUGGCAAUGCACAACAAGAUGGAGAAGAAAAUAUGCCUAUAGUGGAUAAAACCUACUGCAACAACAGCCUCACAUGUUCUUAUAACAGAAGAGACAACAAACAAAGAAAAUUCAUUGGAAACAGCAAAAAAUCAACAGCUCAAAGAAGUAAAAACUAUACAAUUACCACCGCCGCCGCCACCACCACUACCUCCUUCUCCUUCAAAACCAAACAAGAGAAACCAAGAAAAGAACAUAUUGGAGAUGAGCAAUUAUUGGUCAAUGACAAGCUAAUAACAACAGCUCAAAUACAAAGUCAGCAACAUACACCAGUGACGUCAAAUUUUCUACAAAAAGAAAUGACAAUGUCAGCGUUAACGCCGAAGGAUAAGGCAGAAGAUACUACCACCACCACCGCUACCAAGGAUAAAAUGAAGAAUUUCGUUUAUGGUUUUAUAACAGCACGACAUGAGCAGGAACAACUUGUCGGGCAAGUAAUUGACACACUGGAAAAGUUGGAAAAUGAAACGAAAGAAAAUCUAGUUAACAUACACGUACCACCUGCACCUGAUGAUGAGCAGAUCAAAUCAAAUUUAAAUCAACAAACACCAACAUCACCAUCAAGCUCAACAUCAAACACACAAACAAAAAAGGAAGAGGAUAAAGCAAUAAUGCAAAAUUGCAACAUUUCCGUUUUGGCAAAUGCCUCUGGCAAAGAUGCUUGUAAUCAUGACAAUCAUGAUCCAAAAUCAACUAAAGGUAAUGAAUCUCAGCUGAAAUUGCAUAUUAAGGAUUUUGCUGACAAAAUAGCUGAUAAGCAAUUUCAAAAAUAUGACAACCAACCACCAACGAAGAAUACCAAUGAUGUGGUCAACACUAACAGUAAUAAUAACAAACCUGGCCAAAGGCAUCAUAUAACAACAGCACAUGAACAUAAUAAUAAACAUGUAAGUUCUCAUCAUCAGGACGAUGACGUUGCUAUUCCUGAUGAGGAUGACAAGGAUAAUAAAAUAAAGAAGAUGAUGGAACAGGAGCAACAUCAAGAGGAGGAAGGUGAUAGUAAUCGUAGCAGUGCCAGUGAAUUAAGUAACACUUAUAAAUCCUCCUAUGAACUUCCUAGUCCAUAUGUAACAGUGCGUCAAAUAUCCUGGGAGGAUGUUCAGGCAACAACCACACAAACACCUACAAACUUUACUACUAAUCAGAAACAAAGUGAGAAAGUUGAAACUGCUAUAGCAGCAGUAUCAACACCAAAACAUGACAUACCAAAUGCACAAAUAUGUUCAAAAUCUCCAGUAACAUUUUGUGCGAAGACUGCAACAUUUACGCCGGUACCGCCAGUCACGACAAGUGGUCACGUUGAAAUGCAAUCAACGACAACAUUAAAAACACGCAUACAAACUAGAAAACAACCAUCACCACCAACACAGCAGCCGCAACAACACGACCUUACCCACAUUACUGCAGAUGAGGGUAGAAAAUAUCCAGCUCCCCUAAUUGAGCCCCAUUUGCCAACACGUUCAACAUCACCGUUUGGUUUAAAUGCCAUCGAAUUGCCCUUUAAACAACGACGAUCACCCUCAGUGUCACCCACACGUCUACGUAAAAUAAGAAUUGCUCAGGAUGCCUUAGCUUCUAGUGCAACCAGAAAAUAUCCAUCACCAUUAGUUGAACCUCAUUUGCCAACACGAGCCACAUCACCAUUUGGUCUAAAUGCAGUUGAAAUGAAAAAUGUAAAACGUUCAGCAUCAACAUCACCCAAACGCACCCAGCAUACACAACUGCGAACAUCGCCUAGAACAGUUGAUGAAAUGGCCAUACGUAAGUAUCCAGCUCCACUAGCAGAGCCUCAUGUACCUACACGAGCAGCCUCACCAUUUGGUCUAAAUGCCGUGGAUGUUUUUCAUUUAACAAGAGCCACAACGCCAAUGCCAUCAUAUGGACUGGAGGUCAAGUACGAUGAAGAUGAGCAGGAACAAGACUAUAACGAUGAUGAUGAACAUGAAGAUAAACCCAUAUCACCUAUACGUAAAUAUCCACCAGCACUAAUUGAGCCGCAUGUACCAACACGAGCUGCAUCACCAUUUGGCUUAAAUGCUGUAGAGACAAAACAAAAAGCUCAACGUCACCGUACACCUUCGCCAGCACGUGGACAUCACUAUCAUCAUCCACAUUCACAUCAAGCGGCAACUUCGAAAUCACCCUCCACUGCCACUGACAGUUGCAACAAGACAAUCGCUUAUGUGCCACAGGUGGAAGGUCAUAAUAUUGGUUUACUAGUACGCUCUAGUACUCCAGCACCCUACUCUCAUACAGACACCACCUCUCAGACAACACGUCUUCAAAGUGAGAUAAAUGCAACAAAGACCUCAUAUGAUUAUGCCACGAUGACUGCCCGAGAUAUCAGUGGUAAUAAGUACUGUGCGAGAAAUGAUAUGGGACGUGAUGCUGCCAACGAAAACGACUACAUCUCCGUCGUAGUCACCGAUGAUGAUGAAGCGACAUGUGAUGAAUUACAACGCAUUAAUACAAUUGGCUCAACCAAACAAGGUACUACAACAAAAACAAUGGAUCAGCCUCAAAAACAAGAGCAACAACAUAAUCAUCAUCAUCCACAUCAGGAACAAUAUAGUGGCAAUGCAAGCAGUAGCGGUCCACAUAUGGCCGUUGACGUGAUUUUACUACCAACAUCUGUUAUUAAUCGUUCAUUUGAUAAUGUUUCGCCUCGUCCAUAUAUUUCGAUAGAAGGUUAUAAACGUGUAGCUUGGCCACCAGCAUCUGAGGAAAGAAUUGUACGUGAAUUUACACCACAACCUCAGACUCAAUUCCCACCAGCGCCCGGUUAUAAUCAACAACAACAUCAACAACAACCAGCUGCUCAAGCCGCCGCUGCUGUACCACCAACUCAGGAUCCCAAUUAUUACAAUAAUGUACAACAACACCAAGCACCCAUAAAUUAUAAUAAUACUAAUAAUAAUAAUAAUUUUGCUCGUGAAAAUAAUUCACCUUAUAAACAAACUCAAAAUCAAACUGAUUAUGAAGCGUUUCCCCCACAAACCCCUGAAACCCCAAUUAUAUUGAAAGACAAACAAUUCAGUAGACUACCAUCUCAUGAACCUAAUAGUGUACCUUAUCAACAUCACCAACAACAACACCAUCAGGAACAACAAUACCAACCACCUCACAUCCCACAACAGCAACAACAAAACUAUCACCAGGAACAACCUCAAUACCAACAACCUUUAUAUAAUCAACAAAACUAUCCACACCAUCAACAGCAACAACCACCACAACAAUAUCAACCUAAUCCACAAAAUGUUGCUUAUCCCCAGCAACAACAACAGCAACCCCAUUAUCCACACCAGGAAGAGCAACAUCAUCAACAACAAACCCUUCCUGGUUGGAAACCCAUACGUCCACCUCAGGCUAAGCCUGAAACUUUAUUUACCAGUGCCUAUGGUGUUAGAGAAACUACUCCCUCUGUAGCUACUCCUAUUUAUCAACAACAAUAUCAAAAUUAUCACCAACAGCAACAAUAUCGUGCACCAUCCUAUGAUAACCAACAACAUCAGCAAUAUCAACAACCUCCACAACAUCAAGCACAACAACAAUAUCCCCCACAACCUCAGUAUCAAGCUCAGGCUCCAGCACAAAAUCAAUAUCAACAACAACCUCAUGUGGGAUCGCAAUAUCAGCAACCCCCUCAACAACAAUAUCAACAACCUGGCCAACCUGCUUGGGCUCAACAACAGCCACAACAACAAUAUCAGCAACCACCAUGGGUGCAACAACAACAACAACCUCAACAGCAGCACCAACAACCUCAAUAUCAAAAUCCAUCCAUAAAUCAAUAUAAUCAAGCACCUCAUCAUCAACAACAACAACAAAAUCAAUUUGUACCACAAACCAAUCAACAACAAUUUAAUUCUUAUUCACAGCCCCAACAACAACAGCACACCGUGUCUCACGAUCAGGUCGAUCAGCAGCAACAUUACCAACCCCAAUUGCCACAGGAACAACGUGGCGCCAGCCCUGGUAUUAUAACUUUGCGCAAAGAGGCACCAAUUACCCAAAAACCAGCACCCGUUUACGCAUCUCAGCCCGCAGCUACUAGCUAUAGAGAAUCUUCCACCGACUCGUUAGGCGGCUCCAGCAUGCGUGGAGACUUGAAGUGGCCACCACCAGAAUACAAAGAGGCUGCUGCCAAAGAAAAUGAGGAACGUCGCAAAUUGGCCUUGGGCCCAGUAUGCAGGCCAAGAAAAGUCAAUCGCGACUACACCUCAUUCUUUGCCAAGAAUGCUUUGAGUCAUCACUACCCCAGCUAUAAGGUUCCUCCAGGCACACAACACAUGAUUAAUUAAACUGGCCACUUUUAUUAGCAAUAGUAAUAGGAACUACAAAUUUAAAAAAAAAAAACAGAAAGAUGACGGAAACCCCACUGCAAACUAAGGAAAUGAUUUAGCCAUAAUGUUUAAGAAAAAAAAAACUUAACGAUAAAAAUUUUACUAAUAACCUAACGAAAGAACUAACUUUAAAGAAAAACAAUGAAAAACAAAUUAAAGAAAAUUACAAUUUAGAUAAAAUUUCAGAAAACAAAUGUAUGCACUUCCUAGUUUUAAGGCUUAACUUAACUUAAAAAAAAAUGUAUAAAAAUUUAAGAAUACAAAAUAUGGCUUUAGUUUUUGUAAUCAGGUUUUUUCAAAGGAAAUAUAACAUCACUUCCACAGCAAAUAUUUUGUAUUCUUAUAAAGAAAAUAAUAAUAAUUUAUUAUAUAAAAAUGUUGCUCAACAAGAAAUUAUUUAUAAAAUAUAAAAAAAAAAAUAUUGAAUUUUAUUAUAAUAUUAAAAAAAGAAACGUUUGAAAACUACUUAAACUAAAGGCUUAAGUAGUUAUAGAAAUUUAUAAAUAUUUUAACGAUCAAAAUAAAACUAAUUUUUUCUUCUUAUAUGUUAAAUAAGUUUUAGCUAACCCCACAAUUAACGAACACAAAUAAAUAUUUAUGUAAAAUGUUUAAUAUAUUUAUUUGUGUAACUUUUAAAUGUUUUAAAAUAAUUACUUAUUCAAACGAUUAUAUUAACCUUUAAAGCUUUAAAAAAAAAUAUUAAAAAAAAAAUAUUAAUGCUCAAUACAAAUUAAAAUAAAUUGUUAUAAAUAUUUAAAUACAUUAUUUAGAAACUAUAGAAAAAAGAGAAACGUGAGAGUAUUCGUCUUAAGAUCCCAACAAGAGAAAUGCGCCAAUUUUUUUAUAUGUAAAACAACAAAAAACAAUUAAUAAUAAUAAUAAUAAUAAUAUUAAUAAUAUUAUAUAGAAAAUUAAAAAACGACUUUAAACGUUUAGUAUUUAAUACAUAAUGUCUUAAUAAAAAUACAAUCCUAAGAUAUCAAUAAAUCAUAUAAAUCUUCUUUUGCCAUAAGAAGAUGCAUUAUGUGUCAAAUACUAUCUUUAGCUAAAUGUUUAGUUUCUUUCGAUUCCUUUUUACAAUUUACUCAUUUUUUGCCAAUUUUUAAUUUGAAAUUAUUUUAACAUCAUGCAAUUCACUAUAUACAGAGAGAGGAUGCCAAUUGCAGUAAUUUUAAAUUUUAAUUUGGCUUCAAAUAAGUUUAUUGUCAAAAGAAAAUAGAAAAAACAAACAUUAAAGCCACCCAAAAAAAAAACCUACCAAUUCUUCUCUAUCUAUUACCAAACUAUGACUU